AUGGUUGACCCAGUAAAACCUGUCAGGCCGCCAUCGAUAGCCGCCCUGUCGCUCGAAGACAGCAAGGUGGCCGACGAGCUCGAGGCCUUCCGGCGCCAGUGGCGGGCCGAGGUUGAGGCCAAGAAGGAGGUAGAGGUAGACGCAGGCGGCGUCAUGUGGAAGGGAACUGCUGAGGAGGGCAAGGUCGACAAGGGCAAAGGCAAGGGCAAGGCUGCGGAGGAGGACAAGCAGACGAAGGGAGACGAGGAGUGGCCAGAACCCGGCUCGGCUAUCAAGGCUGUGCGCUCGAGAUCGCCUGUCAAGGCUCGUCCGCGGUCACCCACCAAGCCGACGUCACCCAAGACGCUGCGCUCUCCUACCAAGACGCAGUUCCCGCGCUCGCCUACCAGAGCGCCAGCACAGCUACCCCGCUCGCCGACAAAGCCUACCCGCGCCGAGGCGGAAGGCACAGAGACUACCGACUUGAACUCGGCCUCGGCCUCGGACUCGGACUCGACCAUGCCCUUCCCCCAGCGGCGGCGCACGGGCGACGCCGUGGGCCUCUACACCCGCGCCGUGGAGGCCGAACAAGGGGGACGCCUAUCCGAUGCGCUGCACUUGUAUCGCCGUGCGUUCCGGGCCGACGAGAACGUUGACCGACUCUACGCGCUGAGCGUGCGCAAGGCUGCCGCGGCUGCCCCUCAGAUCCAGGAGGAAAAGGGGGAGGCGACGCCGACGCCAGUCGACAUUGUGGAUCCGUCUGCACCUGAUGAGUCCGAGUACACGUUUACGCGCGAGGUGCAGGUCCGCCCCGACUAUGAGCGGGAGGGUAGUCGCGUGAGCCCGCUCACGACGCUGCUCGAGGCGCGGGUGGGCGAUCCCGAGAGCUUUCCAGACUCGGAGGUGGGGGAUCCAGCCUUGUCAUUCCGUGCUGCAGACAACGCACUGCCGCUUCCCAUCGCUACGCUGCCGAGCGAAAUCCUCAACCGCAUCCUCCUAUUGCUUGAUGUUGCGGCGCUGGAGCGUUUUGGGGCUAGCUGCUGGCGAGCACGCCUCCUCACGGCCUACAGUGCUGCGUGGAAGAGAUUCGCAGGGGAGAUCUACAAUCCUCCGAUGGUGGAGAGUGUUGCGCUGGGGCGUGGUUUGGCACGUCGGCAUAGGGACGAGUGGCGCACCACUCUGGUCGAGGAGGAGCGCCUACGGAUGGACGGAGUCUACAUUUCGGUGUGCCACUAUAUUCGACCGGGCGCGGGUGAGCAGUGGGUCACCAUUACGCACAUGAUCACGUACCACCGCUUCCUUCGCUUUUACAACGACGGGCACGUCAUGUCGUUCCUCACGACUGACCACCCUUCGGACGUUGUGCCGCUGCUCAAGCCCUCGUUGCGAGCCAAGGGCUUACACUUUGGCCGUUGGCGCCUUGUGCGCGACGAGGACGAACGCGGGCGAAAACGUGCUCGCGUGAUCAUUACCGACCUCGUCGAGCCGGGCCCUGGCGCAAAGUACGAGUUUGAGAUGGAGCUCAAGCUGCGCGAGACCGGGCGCGGUCGGUGGAACAAGCUCGACCUCGUGUCUUACUCGUCCAUCAACCUCGCGACGGGUGAGGCCCUUGGUUUAACCCUCAAGCACCAGAAGCCAUUCUACUUUUCAAAAGUACGGUCAUACCAUCCCCCGUUCUAA